AUGGGCAAGGGCUCUGCUUCUUCUUCCGAAGGAGCCCUCUUUGUAGAAGGGAGGAAGUGGAAUAACGGUGAAAAUGGGAAGCCGAAGUCGGGUUCGAGAUCAAGGGAAGGAAAGGGGAGAAAUUCAGAUUCGAAACCUGGGUCGGGAUUGGGUCCUAGCAGCGAGUCUAGGAAGAGUAGAGGAAAUGCAGUUGGUUACGUGUACACGAAGGUAUACCUGUAUAUAUUUUUUGUGAUGGAAGCAACAGCGGGUGGUAUUGGAUCAUUGCCCAAAAUGGUGGAGACAGAAGGUUCUACUUUUGACUCAGCUUCCUCUGAGAAGGACGAGAUGGAUGCUGAUGUUGAUUUUGUUCAUGGUGCAAGUACUGAAAUGGAUGAGGAAUUCCUGGCAGAGUCGUCAACUUCGGAGGAAAAUACAGGCUUUCUGGUAAUUGGAGAAGAUUCCUGCACAUCUGCUGAUAGUGAUGGCUCGUCUUAUAGUGGUUCAGACAUUGAUGAAGAGGUUGCUGCAGAUUACUUUGAGGGCAUUGGUAGGGCAUACAACAUUGUAAAUGUUGGAGGCACCGAGAAAGUAUGGUAUGAGGAAGCCAGACUCAGGAAGAAAAAAUCACGUGGAAGAUCCCAAAUCUUCAGCUGUAAGUGUGCUUGGUCAUCUGCUCUGGAUGAUUUAGUGCUUGUAAAGGAUCCCAGAACUGUUUCUGGGAGAAAGAAACAGGUUGCUAGAUUUCGACAGUCUUGGCCUUCUGAAGGUCGCAAGAACAAAAAUUUCAGGAAAAUACCCGGUCAGCACUCUUGUGACAUUGAAUCUCGUGGUGAAAAAAAGAAUCACUGUAAAGAAAUGAUUACAGCAAAGCGUCUAGAUAGAAUGAUUCGCCAUGGUGUAGAUCUUCAACAGAUAAAUUCGAAGUUGCAGCAGAUGAUUGUUCUCAGGUUUGUGACAGUGAUCAGAACACAGAAUACAUGUAUGCCAUCUCCCAUUGAUAAAAUUCGCAUGGAGAAGCUGAUAGGAGCAGAUCACGAGGAUGCUGAUUUCAUGGUGAGCGAUAAAAUGUGCGUUAAAGCAGAUCGAGAUGGAAAUGCCACUUCAAACUUCCAAUCUUCCCUGAGAAAAUCAAGUAGGAAUACAUCAACCCAGCGAGAAAGAAUAACAGGUGGAGGCUUGGGAAAGGAUGGCCAAGGCAUGGCUCAGCCCAUUGAAGUGUUUCGACGACCUAAAUCACUGGGCUUGGGUGCUUAUGUCCCUGAAACAAGUGAUGGAUCAACAAAUAUGCAAAUUCAACCUAUGUCACUUGGAUCAGGUAGAAAGUCUUCAGGGAAAAAUGAGAAACUGGCAAGAAAGAAACUCAAAUAUUUGGCAGUUUCGAAAUGCAUAGCAAGGGGUUUGGAUCGAAGAUGA